UUUUCCCACCCAUCCAAGGACAAAUUAUGGCGAGAUUUUUGCUAAACAUGCCUCUUCUCCUGAUUUUGUUCGGAUUAUUUGUGCUCUCUUCUCCAUCCGCCAAAGCCGAGCCGGAGGUGCAGGACGAGGAGGAGGAGGAGAGUUCCUGUCAGGGCGCUUUUGACCUGUAUUUUGUGCUUGAUAAGUCUGGCAGUGUGAAGAAUCAUUGGGAGGAAAUCUACUACUUUGUGGAGAAUUUAGCUGAGAAAUUUAAAAGUCCCAUGCUGAGGAUGUCCUUUAUAACAUUCUCCUCCAGAGCAUCCACCAUCAUGAAACUGACCGAGAACAGAGUGGACAUUAGGAAGGGGCUGAAUGCUCUUAAAAGAGAGAUUCCAGGUGGGGACACAUUCAUGCACCUUGGAUUGCAAAGGGCCAAUGAGCAGAUCUACCAGGAGAACUUUGGCACGGCCAGUGUGAUUAUUGCACUGACAGAUGGAGAGCUGCAGGAACAUCAGCUUAUCACUGCACAGCAAGAGGCAGAGAGAGCCAGGUCUCUUGGAGCUAUUGUAUACUGUGUUGGUGUUAAAGACUUCAAUGAGACACAGCUGGCCACCAUUGCAGACACUAUCGAGCAUGUGUUUCCUGUCCUGGGAGGCUUCCAUGCCCUCCGAGGAGUCAUCGAUUCGAUCAUCAAGAAAUCUUGCAUUGAGAUUUUGGCAGCUGAGCCCUCCAGUGUGUGUGCCGGAGAGUCUUUCCAAGUGGUGGUGAGGGGGAAUGGUUUUCUCCAUGCCAGGAACAUCAACCAGGUGCUCUGCAGCUUUAAGAUCAACGACACCCUUACAGUCAAUGAAAAGCCGGCCGGUGUAGAAAACACAUUCUUACUGUGUCCAGCCCCUGUCGUCGAUGAGGUUGGGAAGGUGAUUUAUCUUCAAGUGAGCAUGAAUGAUGGUCUGUCUUUCAUCAGCAGCAACGUGCACAUCACCACCACGGAGUGUUUUGAUGGCACCAUCCUCCUCAUCACCCUGCUGGUGUUGUUCCUCCUGCUGGCCCUACUCUUCAUGUGGUGGUUCUGGCCUCUCUGCUGCACUGUGGUGAUCAAAGAACCUCCUCCUCCACCUCCUCCUGAGCCUGAGUCAGAUGAUGAAGACGGCCUGCCCAAGAAGAAGUGGCCCACUGUGGAUGCCUCAUAUUAUGGAGGAAGAGGAAUCGGAGGGAUCAAGAGGAUGGAGGUGCGUUGGGGAGGGAAAGGCUCGACCGAGGAGGGGGCAAAGCUGGAGAAGCCGAAGAACGCUGUGGUGAAAAUGCCGGAGCAGGAGUACGAACCCUUCGAGCCCAAACCUAAGAAGUCCUCCAACAAGAAGCCUCCUCAGAGCCGGAAGUGGUACACGCCCAUCCGGGGUAAACUGGAUGCUAUCUGGGCUCUGUUUCGCCGCGGGUAUGACCAGGUCUCUCUUAUGAGACCCCAGCCCGGGGAUAAUGGUCGAUGCAUCAACUUCACAAGAGUGAAAGAGGAGUCAGCAGCGGCAUACAAGGCCACACCUCGCACCCCGAUCCACACGCCUAUGCCACCACCACCGCCACCAGACUACCAGCCUGUGACCCCCACUCCAUCUCCCACCACCUCCAGUCCUCCACCCAGAUCACCCCCUUGCGGCCAGCUACCCCCAGGACCACCACCAGCCCGCACACCCCCUGGACCUCCCUGUGCACCGCCAUCGCGUCCUCCACCCAGCCUCCGACCAUGAAUUACACAGACAAACCCCUCCCAUUCCCCCACGGACCCGCUUUGAUAUAUCACAGACUUACUGCUCUGUUGACCAGGCUGUGGUCCUCGCUGCCAAAGAUUCUCCUGCUAUAAGCCAAAG